GUACCGAUACCAAAGAAUGCACAUUGCAUUCGUAUUUGUGCUAGUCAUUUUUGCAUAAAAGGAAGAGGCGCAGAGACAAGUGCGGGCGUGGAAAACUAAAUUAAUUUAUCUUAUCUCAACAUAUUUUUGAAAGACCAAUUUAACGCACAUAGCAACACAAUCAACAUGUCAUCCAGAAGAGCAACGCACGCAGGAAGCUGGUACACAGAUUCCGGCUCCGAUCUUUCCCGGCAAUUGGAUCGUUGGCUGGGUGCUGCGGAUCUGUCCCAUGGGCCUGCACGUGCCAUAAUUGCCCCGCAUGCCGGAUAUGCUUAUUGUGGUGCCUGUGGGGCGUUUGCCUAUCGUCAAGUGAGCCCCGUUGUUGUUAAACGCAUUUUCAUAUUGGGUCCAUCGCAUCAUGUCCGACUGCGCGGCUGUGCCCUUUCGGUGACGAAAAAAUAUAAGACACCAUUAUAUGAUCUCAAAAUUGAUACGGAAGUCAAUGCUGAGCUAGAGAAGACGGGGCAAUUCACAUGGAUGGACAUUAAAACGGAUGAGGAUGAGCACUCAAUCGAGAUGCACUUGCCUUAUAUUGCGAAAGUUAUGGAAGACUUUAAGGAUCAGUUCACCAUUGUGCCAAUACUUGUGGGCUCUCUAAAUCCUGAGCAGGAGGCUCAAUACGGCAGCCUAUUGGCCACGUAUUUUAUGGAUCCGACAAAUCUAUUUGUGAUAUCUUCCGAUUUCUGCCACUGGGGCCAACGCUUUAGCUAUACAUACUAUGAUCGCUCCUCUGGUCCCAUACACAAAUGCAUCGAGCAGCUGGACAAGCAGGGUAUGGACAUUAUUGAGACGCUUAGUCCGACAGCGUUUACAGAGUAUUUGCGUAAAUAUAAUAAUACGAUAUGCGGACGUCAUCCCAUUGGCGUCAUGCUAAGCGCUAUCAAAGCCCUGCAGGAUCAGGGCUUCAAGAACAUGAGCUUUAAGUUUCUCAAGUAUGCGCAGAGCAGCCAGUGCUUGGACAUGGAGGACUCCAGUGUGAGCUACGCUUCCGGCUCGCUCAUCAUUGAGAAUUAAACGAAAAGUAUUUUUUUGUCUGUGUGCUAGGCUUAUUAGUUUUGUUGAAUUUUAAACUGAAACUUAUCUAAAAUAAUAAUUGUAAUUUUUUUAGCAGCAAAUUGAAGAAUAAUAAAGCCACCUGAAGUUCCAUUUAA